AUGAAUGAUUUUUAUUACGAAUUAGAAUCAUUAAUUAACGAUUUACCAUAACGAAGUCUUGCCUCAAAUAUACAAUAAUUAUUUUAUAGAUUAAUAAAUCAAGAAAAACAAAAUAGUCCCAUAUUGGAAGUAGAGAAGUAUUUCCGUAAAAUGAUUAAAAAAAUUGAAUAGUUUUAUUGUAGAAGAUUACAAAAAUUAGAAUAUUUUAUUUCAAAAAAAGCUGACAAUUAGUUAAUUUUGUUACGCAUUAGCAAAUACCUAGAAAAGAAACCUUGGAGAUUAGAAACUAUGGAUUAUACAGUCAAAGCCACCAAAUAAGAUAAAAUUGACGAUAAAAAUUGUAAUCAAUUCAUUAAUUUCGAUAACAAUUAAGAAGACUAUUAUUCAAGCAAGACUUCUACUCCAUUUAGUCAUUACACAUGUAUUCCAUCUGUACCUAGAGAUUCCUCCUUAAACUAAGCAAUAUUUUUAGAAUGUGAUAAUUCAUUAAAGUCAUCAUCAUCUUUUAAUCUUGAAAGCAAAGAAGUUCUGUUGGAUUUAUCACAAAUACAAUAGAAACUCUAAUAAUUAGUAGAUAAAUCACCGAAACAAAAAUAAGUAGUUAAGAAGAAACAUCAAUUAGCAGAUUUAAUAGACAGUGAAAUGGAUUAGUUUUCUGCACAAUCCCCUCCUCGUUAAAGUAUGUUGGAUUGCAAUAUCAGUGAAAUUAAAUCAGGAUUUAAUUCUAGACUUAUUUCUUCAAGAUCACUACAAAAAGAGUCAGUUCCUUAUGCAAAUACUCCUAAAAGUCCAAAACAAAUCCCUCAAACAAGGGAAUUUGAAAGUUUGUUUUAAACUUAGCAAUCCACUAAAGAAAUCAUCAAGUAUGUUGAGUAAUAUCAUCAAUCGCAUUAACAACAAUAGUCAUUAUUAUAUUAAUAAUAGCAUCACUUUAAAGCUAAACCAAGUCUUGAAGUUAAUAAUAACACAUUAUAAUGUUUUCAGGAUAAAUGCUAAAGUCCCUCUACCAACAAAAGAUAUCGUGUGAGAUCAUCUUAUCAAAAAGAAUUACCUUCAUAAAAUAAAUUGAAGGCCAAUACUUCUCAUGAAAAUUUCGAAAUCAGGACUUCCAAAUCCAUUCAAUCAAAGAAAAAACAUUUUUAAUUGCCUUCACCGUUAAAUGAGUCAAUGAAUCAAUAAAAACAAAAAUAAUCAAAUCAACAAAUACAACAGCAGUAAGUUUAAUAGAAGAAAACCAUGUAAAGAUAACAACCUUAAACAUUGUCAUCUGCCUUGUCUCAUUUGUACAAAAGAUUUUCCUAAUAAAAAUAAAGUUCAUCUGUAGUUACGAAGAGAUCUACAAAAUAAGCAAUUAGUUACUCUCUAGAGAAAGAUCAUUAGAAGAAGACUUACAAAAUAGUUGAUUAUUUAUUAAAUUAUUGA